GGGGAGUCUCACUAGAGGGUAAUGUAACGAACCAGUGAGACCGUCGUUAUAUCCACAUCUGUCUACUCACAGGGUCCAGACUUCGGGUAUCCUCGGCAGGUAUCCCUGAUCUAGGACCUAUACUGAUGUGGCAAAUAAUUAUCGCGGGUGAGGAGUCGGAAUCCCGUCUUCGAUGACUGAAUCCCGAACCAUCUAGGGGUUCCUCCUCUUCUUACCUCACUCUCAUACACUUAGUGUCUCCUAGACCCUUUCAAGUCGCCAGUGAACCUUAACACUCGAUCAUGAUGAACUCACCUUCAUCAUCUGGCUCUUCGGAGCCCUUCAUUCCCAAACCUAGCAAAGCUGAAUACUCAGAAGUCAGAACAAGCGAUGAAGAAGAUCCCAACCUCUUCGUCUCUCAAACCCGGCCAAAAAGCCGUCUUCGCACAAUCUUCUCCUGGAUUUCUAAGACCAUCAUAAUAGUCUUAGCACUCCACAGCCUCAUCACUCUCAGCAUAUCCGCAGCGAUCCGCAUCAGAGAAGCAGCGUUGCCGGCGUGCUACUGCGGCACCUCGACCGCGGAGGCGCUAGCCAUGGGCUGCAAGUACGACUCUCUCGCGACAUCAUGGCUGCCUCCGCACUGCCGCGACGACGAGCUAACAGCGCUCUUCGAGCGCGCGGGGAACGGGCCGGGCGGCGCGUGGCUGUACCACGCGGCGAACACGAGCGCGUCGCGGCUGUACUCGCUGGAGGAGAUGGCGUACCUGGCGGACCGGCCCGACGCCGAGCGCCAGGCCUGGUCGACCAUCGACUGGCACAACAUGCACUGCUUCUACACGCUCGUCAAGCAGAUGCGCGGCCGGGCCAAGAUGGAGUACACGGGCUUCCCCGACGCGACGGCGCACGCCGAGCACUGCGCCGUGGCCAUGACGGACGGGAUCCCGCGGAAUAAGAUCGUCAUCGGCAUGUCGCCCGGGUUUGGGGACCCGAGGCUGGGGGAGUUGAGGAAUAUGGGAUAGGGUAGUAGUUUCGUUCUUGGAUCCUUAGGUGGGUUAGGUUGAUUGAAUCUAGAAGUUUAAGGCCCGAAAAAGGGGUCCGCCCUAUUGUACGCUAAGCUUCUCGUAAAUCCGCUACGAGAAGAAACAUGAUGUAGACUCGCUUCUAACGUGAGUUAGUAUCCUCCUAUCAUGCAACCUUGCUACUUAGCUUUAGUCCUAGAUUCCAUCAAGGUAUCCAGUCAUGCAGUUCUCGUGGUCGUAGGCCGGUAUUAUGGAUCUGUUUAAAGUAUAUCUUCUUCGUGCCGAGGCAAUUUGUGAAAUAGAAGCAAUUCGCUUAAUCAGUGCAGCAUUAGGUGCACCGUCGGAUAAGCUAUCCUCGCUUCGGUAAGAAGUCAAAUGACACGUUCUAGCCCUCGAUUAGAUCAACUAUGCUGUGGGUAAGCAGCUAGAUCUGGCUGUGUCCCUGCUACUGUCAGCUGACUGCAUCUAAACACGGGAAACU